AUGGUUAUUAGAAUUUUCAGUUGGUUCGGUCUAGUUACUGUUAUUAUUACUGGAUUGUUUGGUUUUGGGUGGUAUUUAACGUUUCUUGCGUUCAUCGUCUCGUUUCUAGCUGGGAUUGUCACAGUUCUUUACUUUACAUAUGACAGUAAAAGUAUAUUCUCAGUUGAUUUAGAUUGUCUGGAUGACCCGUUACAACAGACAAACUUUUCUAUUCAAGUACCAAAGGUACUGGAACUAUUUACAAAAGAAACUCCUUUGCCAAAAUACGACAACAGAAUCACGGGAAGUGAGACCGUAGAUUCGUUCCUGAAUGAGAUUAUAACGAUAAUCAUCAAUGAUUAUGUGAGUCCGUGGUAUGAGAUACUGACAAAUGACGAGGAACUUACAAACCAUUCUAUAAAACGAUUGGUGCUGGCUGCUGGUGCUAAUGUAGCUAAUAGAGUGAAAUGUGUGGAUUGGAUCCACUUAUUGUCCACCCGGUUUCCAGAAGAGCUGACAACACAUUUAAAACUGUUCAAACAGUCACGAGUGAGGUUGAAACAUGUGGAUUUGAUGACCGCCAAAGAUGUAUCCAACGGUACUUCUAGACCGAGCCCCAAGAAACAAGAUGAUAAGAAAACUCAUAGAAGAAAUAAAAGUGAUACUGACUUGUCUUGGCCGCCAGAUGCACAAACAUUUGGAAAGUCCAAGUUUUACGAUAGUUCAGAGAAUAUAAGUGGGAAGACUCUGAAGGAUAUAUUUUUCGAACUAGAAUGUUCUAUAGAAAACAGACAGUUGUGUCGCGAUAUUUAUUGUAUGGACUCUGAAAAGGAAUAUGAGCUACUAUACGAAGUGUCCGAAGCAGUUCUAUAUUUGGUCGCGCCUGAAGAAGCUUGGCGGUGUCAUGCAUUGAAACUAAUUCUGAUUGAGUUGCUAUCCGCUGUUGUAUUACGACCUAUGAUUAAUUUGUUGAGCGACCCUGAUAAUAUUAAUAGGACUAUUUUGCGAAGUUGUUGUCGGGAUUCCUGCCUACCCUCGGAGCUGUUCCUGGUCGUCAUCAGGUGCUGCACCGACGCUGAAGAGUUGGAUGCCACGGUGGAACUAGUACAAAAAGAUAUACAGAAAUUACAUUCCAGAGACAGUGCAGGUGAAUGGGAACUACAAGACAGACAGAAGCUUUCAUCCCUUCAGUACCUAAGCAGGAUAAUCCAAGCCAGAAGGGCCACUUUAGGACCCCAAGAAGGUCUAUCACAUACUACUACCCCGGACAAAGUUUCUGAAGAGGUCGCGAGGUCACUCAAGUUCUUAAGAGCAAGCACUGCUUGGAGAUCUAAUGCACAAUAUUUAUUGGAGAUCGAGUUAAAUGAGGCUGAUGCACCCCACACUUCAAAAGCAGUGCUAGACAACUUACGAUCAUCAGCUUUGGAGCUCUGCGAUCUAUACUUGGCUCCCAACAGACCAACCGUGAUGGGUAUACCGGAGAACUGCUAUGGAGAAUUAGUGAGGAAGAUCACGACCGAAGGGGAAGAUUUUACUAAUAAUCCUGUGAAUUGCUUUGAUGAGGUUCAGAAGUGUGUUUGUGAUGCUUUGGAGGACGAUCCAUCUUGGCAAAGCGAUUAUAUGAUGGAUAGCGAAGACAGUUCAGAUAAGAGCAGCGACAUAAAAAAGGACGACAAACCAGACAAGAAAUACAGCGGUGAUGUCCUACCUGUGCCUGGUACAAGACAUAACAGGUCCAGAUCUGAUAUUGUGGGCAAUUUCGCGCAAAGGAUGAUGAUCAAUGAAAGUGCUGGUCCAUCAAAUUUGUCGUCAGCAAACAAUAGCAAUCUUUCCCUUUCUCAUUCGGAAAUCAGUAGAAAUGCCAAAAACUUGAUGUCUCCUCUAUCAGCGUGUAUUAUUGAAACAGCUCUAGUACAGGACAAAGGACGAACUUUUGGUAUAUACGCCAUAGCAGUGACUAGACUAUCAGAUAACGAAGUGUGGCAUAUAUAUAGAAGAUAUAGUGAUUUCUAUGACCUACACUCUUCUAUUAAGGAUAAGUGGCCGGAAUUGAGCAGCCUCCCAUUCCCAGGAAAGAAAACGUUUCAGAAUACAUCUCGCACAGUUUUGGAAAGUCGAAAACGGAUGCUAAAUACUUACUUACAAACUUUGGCUAGUUUAGCCAGGGAUGCCAAGUAUAUGACUUUGUUGUCUCCCGACUAUUUAGGAGGGUUUCUUAGUCCGGAGAAUCAGACUGAGAAACACAGUAACACGAUUGAUGCUCUCCUAGUGAAUUCUUUGAAAGCCGGUAUGAGGACGUUGAAGAACAUGCCUGACCAGUUCGCUAACACCGUUGAUGGAGUUAUGGAUGGUAUUUCUAAAGUAUUCCAAGGGAAGGGUGAAGAAAACUAUUACGAUGGUUUUAAAAGUGGAAAUUCAUCUGAUGGACAAGAGGAAAACGACGAGAGUGUGGCUCUGAAACUAUUCGAAGAAGUAUUAGGUAUAAGAGGUUUAUGGUUGAGAAGACGUCUGCUUGCUCCCAUCAGGACAUUGAUUGCAGAUAGAGUUAAUAAAAAGGUGCUAGAAUUCGUGUCGUCCUUAACAUCACCACGGAACGUUGUACAAUAUUUGAAAACAUUCAAGCAGUGGUUGACAAGUCGAAAUAGUUCGAGUAUCGGCAACAGAGACGCUGCAACAAAAGCCAGGACACGAGUCGCCGCUAAAGUUGCCUUGCUUUCUGCUUGCUCAGACGACUUGCGACACAUAGUAGGCUCGGACACGGCUAGAAGAGGAUUGUUAACUGUAUUCGAUCUGUUCCAAAACCAGGAGAUCAAUAGGAGAUUGAUAUUUGUGCUGCUUGAAACAAUGUUAACAAACUUGUUCCCAGACAACAAUAUACCGGAAUUAUUUAAGAAGAUGUACUCACAUUCACCGCGCGUGCCUCCGCCUAAGAAAUCUGUCAACGUAUAAGCAACACACAAAGUAUCCAUUGAUUUUCUUUAUUAUUGUUAUUAUCUUUUUCAACGUAAUACUUCCGUUCGUUUCAAACAAUUCUAUGUUGCUCAAGUCUUUUCCGUUUCUUAAGUUUGUACUCAAACUCGUCUAUUUAAGGUCCAAUAUUGUUUGCGACGACAUCUAUUUUGAGAUUCAUUUUGCGAACAUUAGUGAUAUUUAUUAUAACAACCGUCUUUAUUUAUUAAUAUAUUUAUUCAAGGCUAUUUUGUGGUAAGAAAAUGUCCAUUGAGACCAACGAAGUAAUUAUACAGCUAUUGGCUUUUUGGGCCAAGCGUAACUAGCGCCAUCUAGUAAGAUUUUAUUUAAUUAAUAUUUAUUCGAAUAUGGCUAUGCAUUUGUAAGGAGAUUUUACUUUUUAAUUAGUGCAGUGCCAAAGACAUUAGUCAUUAUUUAAUUGGCAAUGUUAUAAAUACGAAAUUGUGAUAUAUAAAAAAUGUACCUAAAAUGAAAUUCUAAAUAUUAGUUAAUCUAUGGCAGUUAAUUAGUAAAAUAUACAAUUAAAUAGUUAAUUUUACAAUCAGGUUAUGAUAAAUAUGGCGGGAAUCUUUUUAUUUCGAAUAUUCUCAGGGAGUUAUUUAUUUUUAUUACAAUUGAAAAAGCUGUCGCGUAAAUUGGAAAAAUUGUUUUUUUUUUAUUUCAAUUAGGUUAUCACUUUGGGCUUUGAAUCAAACCAACUUAUUGAUUGAGAGAUCACAAGUAGGUAGUUACAACUAGCCAACUGAGGGCUGGGUUCGAUUUCUAGGUUAGGCUAUGGAUUCCGGAAUUGUGCCUAAUUUAACUAUAGGUUUAUCUUACGUUACGUAGAAAAAAAGGUAUUACCUUUCAUAUGUGUUAUUUUAUUAUUUUUUUGCGAAAUAGGGUAGUUUUCUAAAUGUUAUUUUAAUGUCCGUCUGGUAGAUUAA